AUGCGGUUUCAGGAGGGGUAUCGUUUGAAAAGCACGAGUGAAUCGAGAAAAGGCAUGCUGAAGAAUAUUUUGAGUGGUUGUUUUCGACAAGCAUCUAGUGCCAUCGUCCUUCGGCAUACGCGUAUCUUGUGCAGCAUACCGAGUUGUGCAUUUCAACGGUCCCUUAAUAUUUCAACAUCAUGCCUCCUACCCUCUUCAUCAUAUUCCACUCCUUCAACAAUGCAGAUUCGACAGUACAGUGGAAAACCUCCGUUAACGUUGAAAACACUUGAAGAAAGAAUCAUGCUUGUGCUCAGUCUCUAUGAUAAGAUCGAUCCGAAACAGUUAACAAUGGAUUCGAAAUUCUUCGAGGAUUUAGGCUUAGAUUCGUUGGAUCAUGUUGAAGUGAUUAUGGCAUUAGAGGACGAAUUCGGUUUCGAAAUACCGGAUGGUGAUGCAGAUAAUUUGAAGACACCUCGAGACAUCUAUCAGUACAUUUGUGAUAAAGAAGAUGUUUAUGAAUAG